AUGUAUGGGAUUGGAAGAUGUGAUGGUGGAGCGAAGAGGUGUGAAGAGGAAGGAGAAGAAGGAGAAGAAGGAGAAGAAGGAGAGGAAGGAGAAAAAGGAGAAGAGCAAACGCUGGCUGCUGUAUCUUUCGGGUCUGCUGUAUCUGCUGUUUCUGCUGUAUCUGAGGACGAAACAGCACCACAGGACAAUAGGCAGCACGCCAGGAGCAGGGCUCCACCGGUCUGUGCACCAGUUGGAGGAGGUGCGAGGCAGCUGGAGAAGGUGUGGUUGAUGGUGGUUGCCUCUGUUUCAGCUCCUUCCGGUGUUGCUCAAGAGCCUUUACCAGACUUGUUUAGUCUGGUGCCAGCGUUGGAUGAUGGGCAGCUGGCGACUAAACUCAAUUGCAACCCCUUUGCAGAGGCGAGAACAACCUAUUUGGUUGUCGGUUUAGCUCAUACAACUCACUGGCUCCCAGUGGGAUUAUGA